AUGGCAAAAAAAAAGUCAAAAAAAGAUAAAAAGCAUAUUAAAAACUUAGAUAAAACUGAAAAAAAGCCAGAGAAAGAAGUUGUAUCGAAUCAGCGUCUCAUAUCGGAGGAGGAAUGGCAGCAACGCGAGCAGCGUCAUUUGCAAAGGAUACAGGAUGUGCAAAUCUGUUUGGGCUUCAUCAGCGAGUCCAUCAGUGGCUAUGAAGCGCUGCUGGAGCAGCAGAGCAAAGCUGAGCACUGGAAGCGUUAUCUGGACUGCGAUGGACUGCCGCGUGUGGCAAGUCCACCGGAAAUACGCACAUUUCUCGAACAGGUGCGGCACGAGUGUCAGGUGGAUGUCAAUCAUACAGUCAACUGGGAGCUGGCGGUGAAUGAGCGAGCGGGUGCUAACGAGGAUAUUUUUGCCAGGUGAACGCGUCAGAGCGGUGAGAGGCGACCGAAUCUGGGGCAGCUCUAUAGCGACUUUGUGCAGCGCAUUCUGAUUGUUUUGCAUCGCAUUGAUUUGCUUUUUGCCAGCCAGCUGGAAAUGCAAGAUAUGCCACUGGAACAUGCUACGGAAAUAACAGCGACGCGCAGUGAGCUCAAUCAGGAGAUUGAUGUGCUGUUCGAUAAGCUAAGCUAUCGCAUCAUAAGCGAACCAAAUGCGUUUUCAACCUCUGAUGAUGGCUUUAUGCAAAAGUAUUGCUAUCAAAGUUCCAAAUUCAAUUUUCAGCUCUGGUGGCUGCGCGAUGUGCCCAUACGCUUCAAGUACUUGGAGCUGCCCGUUAUGCUGGCCCAACUGGACUGCGUGGGCGUCACUGUGCAAAUACCGUACAGCGUGCUGAGCGACAAUUUGACGCUGCGUUGUGUGCACACAUUUUUCGAUCCGUACUCGGAGUUUGCCAAGAGCUACGAGCAGGUAGUGCAUGAAUCCGAUGAGGACUUGAAUGCUGGCAUUGCUGAUAUUGAGGACUGUCUAAUCAAUGAGUGGCUAAUGCAAGUGCGCAUAAUGAACAACAUAAUGGAUGAAAUGGAUGAGCGAAUACAGCGUUAUUUGGAGACUGUGGGUGAGCUGGACGAGAAGAAGGAAAAGCGUUUAGCCAAGCCGGCAGCUAACAAACCCGCGCCAAGCGACAAAAAGACUGCCAAGCCGCCAAAGGAGCCGCAGACGCUGCCACCGGGCAUGUAUCCCGAUCCCUACAAUAUAUUUCUAGAACGCGAGCAGCGUGAUUACUACGAGUUUCUGGAUCAAAACUUUCAUCCACGCAAUCUGCAGCUGGAGGCCAACGAGGUCAAUUUGCGGGAGUACAACAUACUGGGCGGCAUAUUCUCGCUGGUCUUUAUGCGCAAGCCCAAGCAUACGGACUUUGAGAAGUUCAACAUGACGUUGCAUGCCGAUGGACGCGUACUUUAUACGAUGCAGCAUGUGCUGGAGCUGGAGACGCGUCAGAGCGAAUGGAGCAGGAAGAGCGAAUUUAGCAGGAAGAGCGGACUGCAGAAGCAGCAGAGCAGUAUGCAUGUGGGCGCACUUCAGGCGGAUAUGGCAGCUGAUGGGGGCGUGCUGCAUUUGCAGGAUAAUGAGCUGCCCUAUUUCUAUGUGACCAUCCAGCUGCCGGCGCACUUGUGUCUGUGGGGCGAGCCGCUGCCUUGUCAGUUCAUUGAGGAGGAGGAGGAAGAAAAGCAGCCUGAUGAGGAAUCGCUGGAGGAGGAGAAUGUUGGCAAGCGGCGAAAGACACGCAAAACACGCAAAACGCGACAUGGCCUCGGUGUGGGCGUCGGCGUUGGCGUUGGCGUUGGCAGUGAUGAAGAAGGCUCGACAGAGAGGCCAUACAAUCGUCGUACCUUAGCGGCUACGCCGCAGACUCUAAUUAAACGCAAGCGUCACAAUUCCAAAAACAUUUACCGCCCAUCAUUGCUGGCCAUGCUGCGCCGCACAAUACCACGCAGCAUUGCAGUGCCAGGGGUAUCAGUGCAUGACUUCUUCUUGGCGAUGAAGUGCCUCAAUAAGUGUCAAAUGCAUGCGCUGCAAGAUCACUGCUUGCCACGCGUGCUCUCCUCCUUCAAGUUUCCGGCGGAGUUUCGCAUGGAAAAGUUUGACGAAAAGGUGGCGGAAAAGGCAAAAGCAAACAAACUGAUGCGCAGACAUCGCACAACGGCGCGUGAGUCGGAGGAGGAUGAGAUCAACUACUGCUAUAGUCAUGAGGAUCAGCAGGCGCCCGAACGCAUGUAUCCCAUAUUUCCGGAACGUGACAAGAUUAUAUACGACGAUGACUAUGAGCAGCAAGCGAGCAGUGAUGCGCCUUCGGUAACCAAAAUCAAAAUCGAUUUGCUUGAAGUGGAAGCUGCUGAGCCCACUGUAUGCGACAGACCCACGUUCUAUGGCGUGCUGCGCACGCUGGAGGGCAUACAGGAGCAGUAUCGUGUCGCCACCAAUGCCAUACUGAGUCAAAGCGAUGGCAAGAAACCCAAGAAGCGCAAGGAACCGCAGCGUUCAUCCGAUCAAAGUGGCGCCGCUUCUGUGCAAUCCGGACGCAAGACUACGGUGCGCAUUUCUAUAACCAGAGCGAUGAGUCUGAUCUCUGAUCAGAGCGAUGCCAUUAGCACUAACUCAGUAGAGUCUGUGCGCGUUGGCACUGAAGUGCCCAGCGUCAGUGGCUCCUAUGCGGAUGUGGACGAAACACCAGCGUCGGAGCUGCAGGCAGCGCGUCCCAAGGUUAAGCACUGGACUAAUAAAUAUAUACUGAGCACAGAUUUCAAUAAGGAAACGUAUACGUAUACGAUUAAAACGGAUCGUUUGGGUUUGUUUGGCUUUGCCUAUCAGCGCUAUGGACACUUUCCGUUUCGGGAUUGGUGUCUGCAGCCCAAUGAUGACAAUCCCAAUGAGCUCAUCUUUACUCUGGACACUUAUUAUGUGCGUGUGGUGCUUUUCAUAAGCAGCGAGGGCAUACGCGGCUAUGUAACUGACAUAACCAAUGAGUAUGUUGCGCAUCCUGUCAAGUAUCUGGAGAUUGUCGAACCCAUUUCAGACUAUCGCGAGCUGCGCAAGCGCUUCUGCGAGCGUAACAUCAACAUCUUUGCAGAGCACGACGCUUGCUUCUAUAUACACAACGGCUACUUUUGUGAAAAGCAUUUGGCAACGGAGCUGCAUGUCUAUGAUGCAAUCGCCGUGCACUGCAAGCUGAUCAAGUUCUAUCGCUGCGAUUGGAAUCGCCUGGCCACGCGUCGCAAUUUGCUGCUGGGUCUGCGCAAUCCAAAGGAUAUAAACGAUGCUGCUGCCGUUACAGUGCGUGUUACGCCCGAUGCUUCAACGUUUGUCGAGGUUACCGAACUCUGCUCCGAUAAUUUGGACAUCUUUAACUUGCACUAUCAGCUAACCUGGCGCAAUAUUGGCAUCUACUCGGAUGUGCAUCAGCUAAUCAACUCCAUGUAUCCACAAGCAACGGAUGUGCGUAAUCGGGAUCCCAAGCUGAUACAUUCUAUACGGCAGCUCUUUAACGAGGUCAGACCAUUGAGUUUUUCAUAGCUCUUUCUCUUUGAUAAAAAUGCAUUUGUGCUUUCAAUUGACGUCAAUUAAACUCAAUUGUAAUGCAAACGAAACUUUCCACU